AUGGAUCACAAGAAUACAAAGGAGUUUCCAGCCACUGACUGCGAAGGAGUCGUGUCAGAAAAAGGAGAGGCAUUUGAUCCAGCCUUUCCAACCGACCUGGACAUGGUUGCCGGGAGUGAGGAUUUGAGGCUGUCAAAACUUGUUGCUGCUCGAAUCACAACAUCAACACCAGCAGCAGCUUUCGACAUGGACCACAACAAUACCGAACAGCUUCCCAUCGCUGACCGCGAAGGAGUGGUGUCAGAAGAGGAAGUUGAUCCAGCAUUUCCAAUGGACCUGGACUGGGUUGAUGGGAGUGAGGAUUUGAGACUGUCAAAACUUGUUGCUGCUCGUCUGGGCGAGACCGAAGAAUUGCAUCAGAACCAGCACCAUAUGAUAAGGCCUUCUUCAACCCCUGCCACAAAGACAGCCGAGUGCGACUACGAUGAGCCCACAAAUCAUGCACAUGAUCAUUUUUUGCUGAUGGACAAUAAAAUUAGUGCAAACAAUCUUUCCUGUAUGGCAGAUGCGUCAACCAACAGACCACUCGAACAAGCACAUGAUCAGUCUACAUCAAGCGAUCAAUGCACCGGGCCAGCAAUAGGGUUGCCCACGGACGAGAACAAUGACGCAAGCAACCCUUCCGCUGUGGUUGGCAGCUCCAGCAUGAAGCAUGGAAUGCAAGCCAAUUCCAGCGGACGAUCACACAGCUUGCCAGGCGCGUAUGCGUUGGCUCCAUCUGGGGCCAACAACAACGGCUCCAAUGGUGUAGAUCAAUUGCCACAGAGUGAGCAUCAAUCUGGAGUACUGUCAUUGGAUAGUGGUCUGACUACGGCGAGCAGUAACAGCUCUUUCUUUGACAGGGACAUUCCAGUAGCGAAGAUUGUCAGCAAUGAUCGUGACAUCACCAUUCCCGAGGCCGCACCAGAAGACCUCGAAGCACAGAUGGGACACAGAAAGCAGAGAGAAAGACAGUUCACACGAAUGGGAGCUCUGUCUCUUGCUUUCUUUAUGAUGGUUCUAGGACUUGUUCUCCUAAUCAUACUAUUCAUGCUAUCAAGAGGUCAAAAGACUGACAUUGCAGGGCCUGUCCCUACAGUGUCCCCAUCAGCUUCACCUUCAAUGUCCCCUUCUCAUUGGCGACAGGGUGAUAUUGCUCUUCAGUUAUUCCCUAACUACACAAAGGCGAUGCUGGAUGAGUUGGAGUCAGCCCAGUAUCGCGCCUACCAAUGGCUGCUUGAUGACAUUGAAAUGCAUGACUUCA